UAUACAGCGACAAUGGAAAACUUAAUUAACAUCCCGUUUUUCCCCUUAAUUAAAUUCUUCCUGGGCUGCAAAACCCAAAGUGCCUGGUGUUGUGUAUUACGCCAUUUGAUUCCAGUGAUUUUUCUAAUCAUAUUCAUCAUUGACUUUGGCGACUGGAUCAUUAACGGCGAAACCAACAGCAUCCAAGGCGAACCGCACCGUAUUCGCCAAAGCCACAUUAUCGCCAUUCUCUCGUACAUGAACAGUCAAUUCAGCUUCCUCCUCACCUGCACUAUCCUUUUCGGUUUCGUUCUAAAAGCCCAGCACCUGAUAAUGGCAAUCGAACGAAUGAUAUCCGCCCAUCUAUUGUGGUUUGGACUAAAGGUCAACAAAAGGUCACCGGUGAUAUUCCUGGGAUACAUGGGAAUCUGCACCUCCGCACUGGCAUAUGUGACGGUCUUUGUUGGACAGUUGUGUAUGAACGUUGGUACCACCCAGCAGCGAGAAAUGUGGAAACCGGUCAAGUAUUUCGUAUGGCGACCGCCGAAUUUGGUGUGGGAUGCCGGUUUUCAUUUGGUGUGGUUGGUGGCGCGUCUUCUGCCGUUUCUCGUCUACAUUCUGUAUUUUCAUCUGGUUAUGCUGGUCAUCCAGAGUGUGGUGAAAUUUAAUAGCCGACUGCAAAGCACCAUUAUUGCCGUACAGCAGGAAAUAAUGCAUUUUGAAGAAGGCUUUAGAAUAUUGAGAAAAGAGGACACCGAAAUUUACACCAUUGUUCAACAUCUUAGUGAUGGGUUUUCCUUUGUGCUGGGAGCGGGAAUAUUUGGGCAUUUUCUCAUUAUCUGCUCCAUGACUGCACAAGCCUUCUUGUCGGACGAUUUUGCCAAUGUCUGGGAGUAUGCACGGGAAGUGCUGCAAAUUUUGCCAUCAGCUGUUAUUUUACUGAUGUUCUUUCUCACCGGCACCAAAUUGCAUGAAAGUUGUUCGGAAACCAUAGCUUUGAUUCGCGAUUUGAUCCUGGCGCAUCAAGACUGCCGACGAAAGAUCCCGUUGUGGACGGAUGAUGCGAAACUUAUCACCUUUCUAUACAAAAUCAGCCAAAGAUCGGGAUCGCUUAUGUUGGCGGGUUUCGCCCAUUUAACACGAGGCACAGCCGCUACGUUUCUUUUUGCCUUCAUUGGCUACCUAUGUUUCUUGAUCGAACGAUCGGAGCACUACAAGACUGAUGAAAAGCUGACCGGAGCUCUGAAAGGGAACACAACACUCGGACACUUGGAGAGCAGUAGCGAGUGAUAGCGUUCUUCAUAUUUUGGUACAUAAUAAUUAUUUAGUGAUAUUCCGCGCCGUUAAUUUAAAAACAGAACAGCAAUAAGUGCAGCAAUGCUGCAAAAGUCUAUAGUUCUAUAAACAUGUAUACUUCUACAAAGAGUACACUGCAUCAACAUUCAAGCGCUGAUUCUUUUAACGGUAAAACUCAAAGAUUGUUGCUGUGUGUCAUCAAUGCACAAGUUUUUA